AGAGUUAUUACCCUUGCAAAAUGGCAGCUCCCUUGGAUUUUGGAAACUGGCAAAAAUCAAUUGAUACGCUCUUACAAACAAUAAAGCCUGAUCAUUUGAAAGCUUUCAAUUUGCUACAAACAAAUAAAGAACGUGUAAAAUUUAUUUUCAAGCACCGUCUUUUAAAGUAAGGAACUCGAUUUUGAAUUUAAACUAACCUAUAUUAAUGAUGCGCAAUAAUCCCAUUUAUUUGAUUUAUCCAUCAUUAUCAAAACUCGAUUCAGCAAAAUUUACCUGCCUUAUAACUUAUAAUUAUAAUCUUAUCGUCAUUGAUAGUCUUAUAAGUAGGUACUUGAAUAGAGCAAACUUACCCAAACUAACUUCAAAUAAAAAUGAAACCAGAAUCAACUUUAUAAUUUAUAGACUUUAGUUAUUUGAGCUAUGAAUUUUUUAAGGCCGGCACUACGUACACCGCGGUGGUGUACCUAUCGAAACUAUUGAAUUUGGCCUGCGUACACCGCGGCGGUGUACCUAGCUAAAUCAUGGUCUGUGGCCUGCGUACACCGCAGCGAUUUACAGUAGCCAAACUAUGGUCUUUGCGAGUCUUUAACUUUUUGGCCUAACCGGUACUUGUAGAUUUAAUGUUAUACUCGUGUUAAAACUGAAAACUAUUAAAAAUUCGUUUAUUACCUUGGGAAGAUAUUGAGUAAGGUCUACGCGUAUGUGGCAAAGUGCAUGUAAAGCAUUUCUUAUUAUUUUUGGAAGGGAAGGGGGGGUGUAAUGUUAAACCAUGAUUUAUUUUUUACAAAUAUAUUUAUUAAUUGUAAGUUUUAUCAUAUGAUUGUGAAUCUUAAUUUGAAAUUAUUCUCUCAUGCCCACCCCCACCCAGUUGUUAGUUGUUUUGUUUUGGGUUUGUUUUUUUUGUUGUUUUUUUUGGGGGGGGGGGGUGCCUUAUAAAUAUAACAUUGUAUGUGAUCCCUCGGGGCAUGGUGUAAAAAUGAAUGGGAAGACAGUGUAUCUAUUUUGUUAGCACCAUGAUAUAAUUACGCCACAAAUACACUACGGGAAGAGAAUCACAUACUCAUACAUUGAUCAUGAAGUCGUGAAGUUAAAGUAGUCCGAGGCAUUGUCAUUGUGACACCAAGCAUGUGUCAACACAAAACAGCAGUAAGAUGAUCAAUACGAAACACUGCAGUUAUUUGAAAGUCUUUUAACAAUAAUUAAAAAUCAUUGAUUUAGUUUUACAUUGGCAUUACACAUUAGUAAAAAAAAUGCAGGCAGAGGGAGGGGGGAUGCAAAAGGUAAGUUGGUUGUGCGGACGUCCUUUGUGGACAACCCCUAUCCUGAGCCGUGAUUUGUGAAUGCCCUCUUUUUGGUUAAGCCUCUGCCCAUAACUCACCACCACCCCCCACUCCCCGGCAAGGAUCGAUUUCUUAAAAAAAAACAACAACAACAAAUACAAAAACUUUGACAUAGUGCAAAUCCUGUCCCAGGCGCAUUGUGCAAUGGUUUCUGUGAGAAAACGUCGUGUUUUACCCUGAGAAUAGCACAUGCCAUGCCAUUCUGGAAACAAAUUACGUCAUGAAAAGGGUAAACGCAGACCUAUGGCUUUGCUAUACAGUUUGCUACCGCUCCGCAAGUUUCUAAAAUCGAGGUGUUUUCAAAAGAUUUGCUGUGAGACUGAGUGUUGUGAAUGAACCUUUGAUAUCGUAUGUACAUUUUGCCAAUGCAUAAGGCAUAGUGAAAGCAAGAUGGUUCAAGGUUGAAAUACGACCAUGCACAUUAAUAUUCAUAUGCAUGAAUAUUAUUCAUACUGGUAUUUUCUUUGGUUGUUCGUAAAAGUAAAAUGUAAAUAUUCAACUAUACGAAGAAUGUUGAAAUACAAUAGAAUAUCAGUCACUUAGUAUUCAUAAUGUUUCUGUUAUACAUGAUCAUCAUGUAUUACAUGCGCUUUCAGAAACUUUAAGUUUGUUUUCAAAUGUCUAAAGUCUUAUUACUAAAGUUACCGGUAUUUUCAAAGUCAAAGGCCGGCACAACUUGUUGAAACACUUAUAUAUAUAAAUAAAUAUAUAAUAUAAUGUGUAUUUAAUAUAAUAUUUAAACAUAUAUUUAAAUUGUUUCAAUUGCUACAAAAUAUUUUAAAACUAAAAUGGGAGGAAAAAAACUCGAUCCCCUACUGAGAAUUGAUCUCAAACUAUAUUAUCGCCAAGCGUCCACUCUACCACUUGACCACACAAGAUCUUCCCUAACAAGCAUAUCUUAAAACCAGGCCAAUGGUAAAUUUUUGCCGCGGUGUACCCAGGCCAAAGCCCACGAUUUCACUAGGUACACCGCCGCGGUUUACGCAGGCCAAAGCCGAUGGUUUCGCUAGGUACACCGCCGCGGUGUACGCAUCCACUUCGAUUUUUUAAAGGAAGUGCCUCUGUACACUACAGCAGUGGUCCCCAAAUGGCGGUCCGUGGACCUUCACCGAUCCGCAUGCCUAAUACUGCCGGUCCCCAUAACAUAAAAAUUUAUUGUCAAAUAGAAAUAAAAGUAUUAAGGAAACAAGGGCUUGCCAAAUAAAUAUUGCAGGGCACCACAAGAGGAGGGAGAAGAAGAGGAAGACAAAGAAAAAGAUAAGAGGAUAAUAUCAAAGAGUGGACAGGACUAACACUGGGCGAUGCUGUGCGCAGUGCAGAAGACAGAGACGAAUGGAGGAGGAUUGUUCACAUGUCAUCUGUGGCGCCCCAACGGUCCAAGGACUAAGGGACAUGAUGAUGAUGAGAAAUAAAAGUAUAAAAAUAAAUCAUCCACUGGUCCCUGGUAAAAUUUCAAAACUUGUUCACCGGUCCGCCAAACUUAAAAGUUUGGGAACCCCUGCACUACAGUACAGUCUUCAGUACACGGCCAUCGGUGUACCUAAGAAAACCAUGGACCUAGGCCUGCAUGCACCGGGGCAAAAAAUUACCAUUGGCUUCAUCUUCAUAUAUUGCUGUUAGAUAUGAUUUUGUGCCAGGGGAGCCACUUUUCCGGGUUAUCCUGGAAUUCCGGAUUCGUGAGGCUAAAUAUUUUUCAGCUCCGGAUUCGCAAGAUUUUAUAUUCUCUCGCUUCGGAUUUGCCAGUUCAAUUAAUUCAAAUAUGGAUUCUGCCUGUUUUUUUAUCAGCGUGUAACAAAAUGUGCAAAAGUGAAAGCCUAUUUAAAUUUAGCGAGAGCGGGUUUGCUAAAAACUGGAAAUUUCUUCAAAAUGGACGUUAAUGGUCGAUAUCGUCUAUUUUUAGCCUUUCUGUUGACAGAGGUUGUGGUUUCCCCUGCGCAUGCAUUUUGAGCUCUACACAUUUCGAGUACCGCAUUACUUCGAUAGACCAGAAAUAUUUCUUUUCUUUUCACAUCGCCGAUCAAGAGAGAUUUGAGUUGUUGGGUAAGCAAAUUGUAAAAUUUAUUAUUGUAAAAUAUUUUUUGAAUUUAGUUUUUAAUUGUUGGGUAACCAUUAUUAUAAAUAGAAUACUACUCGUCCAAGCGCUUUCUUACAAGUCUAAGCUUAGCGUACUUUGUAGCUUUGUUAUGUUUUACUGUAUGCAGGCGACAUGUAUUUUUUUUAUUAAAAGAGCUAGGCAGUGUUUAACUUUUUAAAAUACUCCUUAAGUUCACUUUACAUUUAAUUAUGGAGUAAACCUUCUAAUUUUAAAGAGGCUAAUAUGAUUAAGUUAUUUUUAUCCGUUCAGUAGUGAGCCUAACAUAACUGUAUUUAGUUAGUCUUUAUUUAUUUAAACUUAUUAGUUAUUCACUCCUGUAUUCUGACUCUGGGUAUACUUUAUGACAAUUUAUGGUAAUUCUACUAUUACUAUUAUUCAUAAUGCUCUGUAUUACCGUAGUGCCGUAGUUUAGUACUCCUAUAAUAUAGUCUAUAUUAUUAUGGAUGCCUUACUAUAAACUAUAAAUCUAAUAUGAUAAUAUAUUUUAUUUUGUUUCACUAUUCAGGCUCAAUACAAUAAUGAAAGGCCCCACAGUUCCUUUAAAGAACUGAUGGGCACUACAGCAAUCGCGAUCAGUGAUUAUUUCAGAAAUUUUCCCCUGGGAGAAGGGGGGGAGGCACUUCAGAUUUUUCGUUGGGGGUAGUGCAAGCGGUGCCAGUUGAUUUGUUGUUGGACAUAUUUUUGCUCAGGGGGGAAGCACUUGGCUUUCCGGGGGGUUGGGGGGGGUGGGGGGGGUGUGGGAGACAGUGCCCUCCCAGAGAUAUAGCUCAAAGAAACCCUGAUCAUGACUGAACAAGUCAUCACUGCUAGCUGGAAAUAUUGAUAUCAAGUAUUCCAGGGGAAAAUGAUUCAAAUGUCAAUCAUCUGAUGAUACCAGCUAAGUCGAAGUAAAUUGAAAAAUUGCAAUUGCUAGGAAAUUUAAUUUACAUGUAUACACCUUAAUUGCUUAAUUUUGUUCAUUUGUGAUGUAUUUUAAUGUUUUAUUUGAUAAUUUCAUGCUUAUUUUUAUAUUAAUAAUUAAUCAACAAAAACGCAGCAUUGCGAUAAUAAAAAAUUUUGAGUUUCAUUUAGUUUCAGGGAUUGUAAAAUUUGUAAAUGAAGUUUCAGGUUUCAAGAAAUUUUUAGAAAGGGAUUUCAGGGUUCACAGCUUCAGUGAGUGGCACCCCUGUCUGGGGCUAGAUAUAAUCACUGGAACUGCACUUCGCUGGUUUUCUUCUUAUCCGACUGACAGGACUCAGCCUAUUGUAGUGAAGCAGGUAUCUUCCAUGGACACUUCUGUUAACUGUGGUGUGCCACAGGGCUCAGUUUUAGGACCUAUUUUGUUCUCCAUGUACACUAGCCAGCUCGGAAAAGUUAUUGAAAAUCAUGGUAUUUCCCGCAAAAUAUUUGCAGAUGACACAGAACUAUACAAGUGUUUCCACCCUGAUCUCAUGGAGUGUGCUACUGCUGUUCAGGCUGUCAAGGACUGCUGUCUUGCUGUGAAAGAUUGGAUGUCAUCAAACAGACUAAAAUUAAAAGAUGAUAAGACUGAGGCAAUUAUUUGUGGAUCAGACGCCAUGCAUCAAUAAAAGUUGGUGAAUCAGAGAUCCCAUUGUUCUUGACUGUCAAGACCUUGGCUUUUAUAUUGACAGUAAACUUAGUAUGAUUUCCCAUAUCAGUUCUGUGGUCAAGGCAUGCUUCUGUCAUCUGCGUGCCCUGGGUCACCUGCGUCCUCAACUCAAUAGGAGAACAGCCAAUGCUGUAGCGGUAGCUCUAAUCCAGUCAAGAUUAGAUUACUGUAAGUUGUUUGUGGGGUUUACUUCAGAACCAAAUUCAGAAACUCCAAAAGAUACAAAAUACUGCAGAAUGCAUUGUAUCUUGGAUGAAGAAAUCUGACCACAUCACCCAAGUUCUACAAGAUCUCCAUUGGGUUCCUGUGAGUGAGCGCAUUAACUACAAAAUUCUGUCCCUGACGUAAAGCUGCAUAGAUGGCUCAGCACCAGCAUAUCUCAAAGAACUGAUUUAUUAACGUGUAUCCUUGAAGAGCCUGCGGUCUUCUACACAGUACUUACUGAGUGUUCCUAGUGUGAAUGAACACAGAAAAAAGUUGCACAGAGUGCGCUCUUUUGAAGCGAUAGCACCAAAAUUAUGGAACAGUUUACCUCAAUCUUUGAGGGGAAUUGUAAAUGAUAAAAAAUCAUUUAAGAAACAUUUAAACACAUUUUUGUUUAAAUAGAUUUAGGAAAACCAGAGAGCAGAGAGCGUGCUAAAGUGGCAUGGAUACCAGCGUGAUAUAAAUAUCAAAACCAAUCAAUAUAAUAUCACACAGGGGGGACAUUGGGGAUUAGGAAUCAAUUCCUUGUAUGGAUUGAGUUUGCUUGGCAAAAUCUUCUUUUUUUCAUCAUCUGAAUUAAAAAAUAUAUUUUAUAAUUGAAUUAUUAUGUUCAUUUGUAAUAAAAGUAUUCAUAUUUUGGUCAAUGCAAAGAAGAGAUGCCAUGACGUCAUUUGCGAAUUAUUAAAGUUGCUGUGAAUUAGGGUUCAGGGACACAUUUAGGUUUAGGUUAGAUUUAGGGAUACAUUUAGGGAUCAUGUUAGGUUUACGGAUACAUUUAUUUAGAUCUAGUGACAGAAUUAACUGAUCUUGUCAACCAACAUGGCGGCCAUGGGAAAAAAGACAUGGCAUCUCUUCUUUGCAUUUACCCAUUUUUUUUAUUUUGUAGUAGUUUCAGUAUACAUUAUGUGCCCAAUUCCAAUUGUUUAAACUUGAGCAAGAUGCGGGGGCCUUUAAAUAAUAAUCCAGUAAACUGCAUUAAGUUAAGUUAUACCUCUGGCUCCCAAAAAUUUUGUGUGAAACCAAUGAUUAGCGCAAACUCUUGGGACCAAAGCAAUGUGCUGAUAUUUGCUGUGAUAAGCUAUUUCCAGGUUCAACAAAUAUGUUGUUCAUAAACAGAUACAUUUGCAAACAACUAGGUGUCAGGACCCAUGACACAAAUUUUAACACAACCAAGGCAGUGCUAAGCAUUUUUUUAUGCCACGCCCCGCCUUAUCACAUAACAUGUUACAAUGCCCCAUCUCCCAAAACACACAAAUUAUUGGCAAGAAAAAAGAGAGGUCUUUAUGUGAUGAAUGAGUUUUGUAUAUACUAGCGCUUUUAGUUUAUAGAGAAUUAUAAGUUUUGAUUUUGAUUAACUGAAAACUAAAACACUGAAUUCAUGAAAACAUCCAUCACUUUUGACACUUAAUAGAACAUAAUAUACUGUUGAUAAUAUAUUAUAAAAAUAUUAAAUAUCCCAUUGUGAUUUUUUUUUUUUUUUAAUUAAACAUAAAAAUUUUAUUUUUAGUGUUAAAAUUUUUUUUUUUUUAAAUUUUAUAAAUUGUUUUAAAUUUUAAGAAAAAAAAAAAUAUAGAACAUAAUAUACUGUUGAUAAUAUAUUAUAAAAAUAUUAAAUAUCCCAUUGUGAUUUUUUUUUUUUUUAAUUCAACAUAGAAAUUCUACUUUUAGUGUUAAAAUGUUGUUUUUUUUAAAUUUCAUAAAAUGUUUUAAAUUUGAAGAGAAAAAAAAAGAAGUAUAAUUAGGUUUAAUUCCUUGUGAUUUUGAAAGAUAGAAAUUAAAUACUUAAAAAUAAUUUAGCUCACACUAAUCUCAUUAAGUAUUUAUGUAUAAAAUAAAAAUAAUUCUCCUUCAAUAUAUUUGUUAGUUAUGUUGAGUGGCUUCCAGCUUAUUUUGAAGCUUGCAAAAGCUGGCAUGGAAAAUCUAAAGAAGUUGCACAAGUCUGGAGGAAUAAAGGCAACAAAUUAUUUCAACUUAAAAAAUAUAUUGAAGCCAUAGAGGCAUACACUGAGGUACUUAAACCUAUUAUAUGAAAUCGGUUGCACACCUUUCUUUAUCAACGGCACUAUGCAUAGCACAAGCCAUAGCUGUUAAAAUUAAUAUUCAGGGGUUUUAACUUUAAUAAGAACUUACGUUUUUCAUUUUUGGAUUGCAUUAUAGGCCUUAUCCUAAGUUAAAAUUAACUCGGUCAAAAUGUAUUAUCUAGUUUUAAAAGUAAUGUUUUUUUGGUGCUCUAUUUUGGUUCAGAGUUGUCUGAAUUCCCAUCCUGAUAAUGGAGAUGACCUGCCUCUUAGUUUUGGUAACAGAUCAGCAGCCUUUUUUCAUCUGGCUUUGUACAAGGUGAGUUUGUGGAAACCUUUGAUCAGUCUGAAAAAAAUCACAUUAAGUCCCAUAUAAGUGAAAGGUGGGGUAAAAAUUUGGAGAAAUGUCAUUUUGUUUUAUUUUCUUUAAAAGUUAAUUUUUGGCAAUAUGCAAAGAUCUUGAUUUAAAAUAGUUUACUUUUUAUUGAGAAAUAUUCAAAUUUCAUAUUUAUCCUUAGAAUUAGAAUAAUUUAUGGGGAUAUAUUAUAUUUAUUAUUCUAAUAUUAUUCUAUUUCAAUUUAUUUAAAAUUUUAAAUAUUACUGUUACAUAGGCGUGCUUGUUUACAUUGUUUAACGCGUGCAUGAACUCUGGGUGACCCCAAGUUUGCAUUGGUGACGGGGUGUGGCUUAAUUAAAAAUUGUCUCCCUUGACCUUGAUUACAAAUAAAUACAGUCUGUAAAAGUAGAAAUCUUUAGAGUAUAAGAGACGAGUCGGGGGACUUGUACAAUGCCGAAACCAUUUCUAGAAAAGUCUCUGAAACGGACUAUAUAUAAGCCUAUCGACUGAGCAGAUGGAGAGAUUGAGCGGAUAAUGAUUUGCUAUUACGAUACGAGACGAAGAUUUGUAUAUUUAUAUUUACUCUGUGUGUGUGUGUACCUUCUUUUUCAACAUUGUACCUUCUUCAACCUUGUACCGGUACAAGACAUUACUGUACACUAGGUCAAUUGCUUUAGUAUUAAUUAUUUUUGAUUUUGUCAGUUUUAAAUUAACUUAAAAAAUCAUUAUUUGUAAUUAGCCCUAGUUUGGGUAUUGUUAUUACUGUAUUCAAGUUAUGGUCUUGUCCUUUAAUGUAUACUCUUUUUCUUGAGCCAUGAAUAUAUUAAAAUAAGAGAUCAAAUUACCUACAUUUAUAACGGUAUGUAACAAAUGCUUUUGUGCUUUUAGCAAUUCUCUUAGUUAAUUUUUCUUUGCCUUAAGGACUGUCUUCUUGACAUUAAACGGGCUGAACAGAAUAGAUUCCCUGUUGAGUCCUUACACAAGCUGUUGGCAAGAAAGACAUCUGCACAUCUCAAGCUUGGACAUAAACAAGAAGCUGAAAAAAGUAAACUUUCUUUUUUAUUAAAGCCAUUUUCAUGAAAUCAAUAUCUGAAAUACAAUUUCAUUCAUUAUCCUGUAGUUUUAGGCUCAUUUUCCCCCUUAAAUUUAUAAACUUAACAAAUCAUGGCCUAAUUGUUUGGAGUGUCAAAUAAUUUAUCAGUAAGGCUUCAGUAAGCUACCACACUCAGAAAGUCAUCAAUGUUAAUUUAUUUGAAUUUAGUCAUCUGUAAUUAUAUUCAUUUAUUACAGGUUUUCAGGCAUUAAAAGAAUUUGUAAAUGGAAAACAGUUUUGUCUGCAAGGCAGUAAAAAAGGUAACUAAAUGUAAUAACACUUUGAGUUUAGUUGAGUACCAUUUUUAAAACAUUUUUAGACAGCACAUUAAAACAGUUAUUCUGGGUAAGAAUAUUUAUCCAUGGGUGGAAAAUGACUAUGUAUAAUGCAAUUAAAACAUAUUUUCAUUUAUUUAGAUGAAUAUAAAAAUCAUAUCUUAUCUUAUAUUAUCUUAUCAUAAAGAUAUAUACUAACAUGAGUAUUAAUACUUUUUCUGUCAUUUUCUUCAAACCAAGAAUAAAUACUCAUAUAGGAAAUAUUUACAAUUUUCUAAAAAUAUGAUUACGAAGUUUUGUUUUAGUUUUCUUAAUUUUCAUGUCAAAACAUCAAGAUUUUAAAAGCUUUGUUUUCUGUAAUUUUAUUCUUAAUCAAUAAAAAUGAGAUCUCCAUACCCCUACUUUGGACAAUGUGUUGUUUACAAAUAGAACAUUCUAAAAACUUUAGAGCAUAUUAUCUUUUAAAACAGAUGAAUUUCUCAAGGAAGUGUCUUCUAUUGGAAAUUCAUUGUUUAAUAUGUAAGUUUGUCACCAUUAAACUUAACAUGUAAAUCUUUUAGACUUUAUUUUUUCAUAUAAUAUCAAUUAUUUUUCUUUUUGACAAACAUUUUGCCUUAGUUUAUUGAGGUAGGACUAUAUUUAUUUUAUAUUUUUAAAAAGACAAUUUUUAAAUUAAAUGUAAGAUUAAGAUAAAUGAAUAGUUAGUAGGCAAAUUAUAAAAUAAAUUUUUCUCCCCCAUUGACAUUUUUAAGAAUUUGCAAAAUUGCUUAAAAACAGCAACAUAAAGCAGUAGGUAUUUAUUUAACUUUAAUUCCACUGUUUUUUUUUUUUAUUGAACCACGUAAGCCAUGAUGUGUCCCAUGACCCAGCACAAGAAGAUAAAAAUGUUCCCUCCCUCUUUGCUGGGACGAACUCCUUAAUCUGCCAGGCAUCCAAAGCUGUUUCCUUUACUGUCACUCUUGAUAAAGGGAGGCAUUUAUUGGUAAUAAUCUGUUGGUUUUUUUUUUCAAUUACAUUACUUCACUGCAUGAGGUUGAGUUAACUUAACAUCACAACUCUAUUAAGCUAAUUUUUAAAUAAUUUAUAUCACAUGUCAGAUUUGUCAUGUUUAACUAGAAAUAACCCACCAAACAAUGGCGACGGCAAUGCAUAAAUGUUCAAUCUAUGAAAGUAAUUUGACUAAACAUGCAUUUAAGUAAUACACUUUAAAAGAAUCCCUAUUAGUGCUUACUUCUGAGAAUUUUAUUUUGCACUCCUAUCAAACACAGUGUUACAGCCAUGCAUACAUAUAAACCAAGAGAAUUAUUAUUUGUGAUUGAAACUAACAGUAAUCAAAAUUUAAAAAAAAAUCAAAUUUAUAGUGUAAAAAGUAAAGAUUUUUUUUUAGUGUUAAAUAUGAAAAAGAUAAUGUCACUGCUGUCCCAGUGAAGUUGACAUGCAUGAUAAUGGGUGACAGCAGUAUAAAAAAUUGUUUUGUGUAUAUAUAAAUGAAAUUAAAUUGGAAUCAUUAAAACUGGAGAAUUUAUUGUAAAAAAAAGUCAAUUUUAAACUUUUAAAUUUGUUUUCUUUUCCUAAACAGUUACCUAAUUUAUUCAUUUAUCAUUUGGGAAAUGGAGUCAGUGAAAAUUGUUUUAGCUACUAUUAACUUCAAGCCCUUUUUCUGAUUGUAUAUUUUUAAAAACUCUAGGCCAAUGAAUCCAUUCCCAAAGGAUCAACAAUAAUAGUUGAGUGCCCAUUUGCUGCUGUACUACUCCCAGACCAUUAUAAAACACAUUGUCAUCAUUGCUUCACUCCACUUAAAUUCUCUGCCAUAGGGUAGGUAUCUUAUUUGACUCAACAUGGUUAAAGAGAUUAAAUCUUUGCAAAAUCUCUCUAUUUUAAUUACCCUGAUUGAAAAAGUGAUUAAUUUUAUAUUAAAUAAAUAAAAGAUUUAUUUUGUUUUUGCCUUUUACACUUCAUCCAAUUUCUUUUCUCAAAUAUAUUCAAACUAUGCUUUAAUAUAUUGAAUAUUAAUUUUAAAAUAUACUUCAGUAGUCAAAUAACAUUUUUCUAAUCUUCAUGUUAUCUUGCCAAUGCGUGGCUUUUCUAAUAGUGUCACAAAUACUAUUAUGAAUUUUUGAACCACUGAUAAGGGGUUUCUGAGAACAGUUAAAGCCCUGUUUUCCUUUGCAUUGUAGCAUGGAUGCUGGUGAUUUUGACAAAUAAGACUGAACAAUGAGGGGAUUUGAUUUGGUCACAUGAGUGAACAAAAGAUUGACUUGGAGAAAGGGAGUCCAGAUGAAAAAUUUGAAUUAAAAUAGAGGAGAUCAGAUUUUGGAGUGAACAGGAGUUGAAUGAUUUAUGAGAAAGUGUGAUGAUUUUCCAGACUGUUAAGUGAGAACAAAAUAUUCAAGGAUUCAAAAGUGUGUAUUUUACUGCAUAAUAUUUUGUGUGAGCAUAUGUAGUGUCUUUUUGGAUAUUGUAAAUAUCUGAAAAGUAAAUUCACUAAAUGAACCUACAAGCCAUGUGCAAGUUUAUACUGGUAAAAAUUGGUUUAGUAAGAAAAUUCCAUUCUCAUAGAAAAUUCUAUCCAUGUGAAUAUAUUUGUGCCAUGGGUUUAGUUGUGAGGUAGGCCAAGGCCCUACAUGGGCCGUAGCACCACAGGGAUGGAUAGAUGUGUUGAACUAGCAUGAUGUUCAUAGACUUCCAUUGACUUUAAAACCAAACCCUGAGAAGGAAUUUAAUUACCAGUUAAUGCUUUGAAAAAUACACUCAUCCGCUAACCCGUUUUCCCAUGAUUUGAUUUCAUGUUUGCUGCCUCAUGUAAAUUAAUUCUUACUGUUUGCAGGUGUGAUCAGUGUAAUGUUGUCAGAUUCUGUGAUGAAUUUUGUAAGGAAACGGCCUGGUCAACAUAUCACAGAACAGAAUGUCGAUACUUAGAUUUGUUUCACUCCGUAAGUUGAAGGAAAUAUUUAGGGGUUUUUAAAAAUUAGAAGAGCUUCAAAAAGUGAUAUUUAUAACCAAUGAAAUUUUAAAAAGCUGGAUUUUUUUAAGUAAGGGAAAGGUGUUUUCUAUGUCACUGGUGGUUGUACUGCUGCCGGUUAGAUUUUCAUGAAUUAAAAAAAAAAAUAUUUGCAAUGUAGGAAAAAAAAAAAAAGUAACUUAUUUAACUCUUUGGUGAACAAUAAUUUAUUUUACAUUUAUAAAAGUUCAUGAAGCUGGCCUAUUAUUAUAAUAAACAUGAUAAAAUAAGUGAUAUUUAAAACAAAUGAAAUUUUAAAAAGCUGGAUUUUUUUAAGUAAGGGAAAGGUGUUUUUUAUGUCACUGGUGGUUGUACUGCUGCCGGUUAGAUUUUAAUGAAUUAAAAAAAAAAAUAUUUGCAAUGUAGGAAAAAAAAAAAAGUAACUUAUUUAACUCUUUGGUGAACAAUAAUUUAUUUUACAUUUAUCAAAGUUCAUGAAGCUGGCCUAUUAUUAUAAUAAACAUGAUAAAAUGUAGGUCCUAAUCUAUGAACAUAAGUAGUAAAAGUUUAACAAUGCUGCUAAAUAAUUACAGUUUCAUAAACGUUUAUGUUCCAAAAAUUUAAGGAAAAUUUUAAUAUUUACAAAUUCAACCUGGACCGAUAUUUCCUUCACUUUUAUUAUUAAAACUUUUGAUUUUCCAACAGGUAGGCAUUGCUCAUCUAAGCUUCCGCAUCAUCUUAUGUACUACACUGGAGUUUCUAAUAGGUCAGAAGCAAAAUUCAUAGUUCAAAAGUGAAGUUAUCUAAUAAAUGUUAACUAUAGGAAAAGGUUAUAUUUAAAAUCUUUGGAUCAAUUUUUUCCUCAGGCUUUCAUAAUCUUUACUGUGGUAGGGUCCAUUUGUAUAUUAUAUAUCUGCUGAAUUUAGUUUUCUUUGAUGCUAACUCCAUGUCGUUCUCAGCUUUGAAUCCUUUUCUUUGUUUUUUUCAUAUGAAGAAUUGUUGAAAAUGUGUAGAAGCAAAUGGGAUUUAAAAUGAAAAUUGCUAAAAGAAAAUCAUACUUUUUAGCUUACUGUUUGAGCUGACAACCCUACAGAAUACCUUUUGCAACACAUAACAGGGCCACAUCUCAUGAGUUGGGAAUCUUUGAACUAUAUAUAUUCGAAUGUUUGUUCUUAAAUUACAUUCUGCUUUAAAAGAAAUAAUAGUCCUACUAGGGCUCAACUGGGUCCAGUUUUAUUUACACAGGGUCUGGGAAUUUAGAGAAAAUGCUCAUUGGGUCCAAAGUUUUGCAAUGAAAAGAGUUAACUUCUUGUUUUCUAUAAUAUGCAAAAAAAGUCUACUACCAAAUGCCAUAGUGAGUGCAUUUCCUUCGUUAACCGAUUGUGUCAAGAAAUAACCCACUGAUAGGAACAGGUGAUUGCCGGAUCCCAGAAUAGAGAUGAUGUUGUACUAAAACCUGUCAACGGGUUCAGAUAGUGUUCAGACAUCACGCAUGAAGCUCACGUGACAACGCUUUUUUUUUCACUCAGUACUUUUAAUAUAAACCUUGGGGGGGGGGAGCAGUACACAUCAGAAGCAAAAAAAAAGAUUUAAGAGAUUAUUAAAUACCAAAAACUGAUGUUUCAAGCAAAGUGAGACUUAUAAACAACUCUGUUUUUUAAAACUUGAUGGUUGUCGUCAUGUUUAUCACCAGAAUUGAGCUCCCGUUUUUUUUAUUUUAUUUUAGAUUUUGUUCGUAAUCAGUUGAAAUACAGACUGUCUGAUGAUUGGAAGACAAAAGGUCUGAACAAAGAUGGAAUGUAUGACAGAAGCUAUGUGAGUGUCUAUGACCUGAUGACUCACGAGGACAGCACAGAACCCCAGGACAUGCUGCAGUACUCUUUGGUUAGUUCGUGUUCUGGGUUUCAGGUUUUUUUUUCCCUUUGUAUAUUUGAGGGCCCACGAUCAAUUUUAUUGAUCAUUCUGGCUCCUGGUUUGAAUUCAGAGUUUUGCCUUCUCUUAGAUGAGUUGCCAUCCAGGGCUAAAGAGCCCCAUCCACUUGGGGGUUGGGUGGAGUGUGUUGGUUUUGGUGGGGGCCGAACUCCAGACCACCAGCAAUUUGGCUUGAGUCACUUUAGACCAUUUGGCCGCCCAGGCUGAUGUCUAUGUAUUUCUUAUCUAAUGAGCCUAGCCAUGUGUUGGGUUCGUUUUAGGGGGGGAGGGGGGGAGCUGUUGACAUCUGUGUGGGUUUAAGUAAUCACAAAUAAUAAUUCUCAAGCUGUGUAUGAAUGGAUGUAAUGCAGUGGUCAAUAGACGUGCAAAUAAAAUUCCCAUAAUUCAGCACAAAUUGGGAUUCUUAUAAAAUGCGUUACUUGAAUGCAUGUUAUGUUAAGGAAAUAAGAAGAAAGUGAAAUAAUCACUCAAUAGUCAAUAUUUCCAUUGAGGAAGUGAAUUUUUUAUGACUGAUAUUUGCGCUUGAGAAAUACUUUGCAUGUCUCAUGUUUACAGUUUUAUAGUUUUACAGACCUGUUUACUCUCACGAUUUUGGCGUACAAUGUACGAUUUUGAGGUGUAUACAUUAUAUAUACUGUUUACUAGUAAGAUAAUGUAUUGAAAGAUUUAGUGAGGAUAUUGUACGAUUUUAAGAGUUUGAGAGUAAACAGGUCUGGUUUUACCCAAAAAAAUUGGCUACCUUAAUGAGAAUGUUUAUCCAAAUGCUGAAAAUGAACGAGUACAAUGUCUUUCAAAAACAUUUCCAAUGAUUUUUUUGUGUUAUAUCCACACUUGAACUGUGACUCGUGAAACUUGACGCUAAAUUUUAUGUCUAAAAUCCAACAAACAACUGACAACUCUAACACCGACCAUUUUGACUGAUUGUCAUUUUGCUCACCAUUUUGACUGAUUGUCAUUUUGCUCACCACUUUGACUGAUUGUCAUUUUGCUCACCAUUUUGACUGAUUGUCAUUUUGCUCACCAUUUUGACUGAUUGUCAUUUUGCUCACCAUUUUGACUGAUUGUCAUUUUGCUCACCAUUUUGACUGAUUGUCAUUUUGCUCAAUAUUUUGACUGAUUGUCAUUUUGCUCAAUAUUUUGACUGAUUGUCAUUUUGCUCACCAUUUUGACUGAUUGUCAUUUUUCUCACUAUUUUGACUGAUUGUCAUUUUGCUCACCAUUUUGCUCACCAUUUUGACUGAUUGUCAUUUUGCUCACUAUUUUGACUGAUUGUCAUUUUGCUCUUCAUUUUGACUGAUUGUCAUUUUGCUCACUAUUUUGACUGAUUGUCAUUUUGCUCACUAUUUUGACUGAUUGUCAUUUUGCUCACCAUUUUGACUGAUUGUCAUUUUGCUCACCAUUUUGACUGAUUGUCAUUUUGCUCACCAUUUUGACUGUCAUCUUGCUCACCAUUUUGACUGAUUGUUGUUUUGCUCACCAUUUUGACUGAUUGUCAUUUUGCUCACCAUUUUGACUGAUUGUCAUUUUGCUCACUAUUUUGACUGAUUGUCAUUUUGCUCACCAUUUUGACUGAUUGUUGUUUUGCUCACCAUUUUGACUGAUUGUCAUUUUGCUCACCAUUUUGACUGUCAUUUUGCUCAUAACAAAAUUUCUCUUCAAAUCAUAAUUUAUAGUAUUUCUAUGCAUCAUUGCUCUGCUGGUGUGAUCGGUACUAUUUAAGUGUGACUUAUGACUGUAUUUUUCUCUACAGACGGCAGGCUUACUACUGGUCACACUUAUUCAUGGUCAAUUUUUCGACAAGCCAGAUUGUGCAGGAGAUGGCAGACCGGUGUCAGACUCGCUGAUGGACUUUGUACUAGGAGGGCAUCUGACAAAAGGUGAACUAUGAUUAUGUGAUUUUGGAUUAGUUUGUCUGCGUCAGUGUGUUGCUUGCACUGGAACAAUAUCGGUAAAAGGAAAACUACGUUUGGUGAAAAAAUCAAAGCUGCUCUGUUGAAUUAAUCUUAUCUUAAAUUCUUAAAAAACCGAACUAUGACUUGGGUGGCCGGCUAGUUCGGUCAAUGUAAAGUCAGACUCGGCUAUGGAUUCUUAUGAAAGCAAAAAUGAGCACACUGAUGUUGGUUGUUGUGGACAAUUUUGACAUAAAAUGUGAUACAAUGGAGUUGAUGUUAUGCAUUCAUCCCCGAUAUGUUUCUUGUGACUAGGAUGUAACAAUUCUGUGUGCAGCCAAGAUCAGUUGGUCAGCAUAUCAUUCAGGAGGGCAAAAUGAGGACCCAGUCAUGUCAGUUGUGUUCAGCCUAAAUCUAAUUUGCAUGCUUAUAUUACUUAUAUAGUAUGCGCCAAAACUAUGAAACUCACACAUCUUGAAGGUGUGCAUGCUUUUGUCAGUGGUGCAUAGAAAGACGCUGCCAAGUGUUCCCAGAAGCGCAAAGGAAGAUAUGUUGGGAAGUUGCCGUUGGAAAUGGGACUCUCUCGACAGAGGGAAAAAAUAUUCAUAGUGUACCAUUGCAUUUGCUUGUAAGUGGUAGUUUUAUUCUUUCCAAUAUUUGAGGGCCCACGAUCAGUUUAUUGAUCAUUCUUGCUCCUGGUUUGAAUUCAGAGUUCAAUUAUAAAAUUAUUAUGUGUUUGAAAUUUCCUAUCAGCUUCAUUCUAUACUGGCUUAGUUUUGUUUAUGUUGCUACACUGUGUCUCUAACAAUCAAUCGUUUACAUUUUCUGAAAAAAGUGGAGGACCUGAAACCUGAAAUGAAAGACAUAGGCGACCUACUGCUUAGGCACAUACUACAACUUGUUUGCAACGCCCAUGCCAUCACAAGCGUCCAAACUGAAGGGGAAAAUGAGUUGCCAGAGAGCACAGUGGACAUCAGUCAAGUUCGAAUAGCUACAGCCAUUUAUCCCACAGCCAGUCUCAUGAAUCAUUCAUGCGAUCCCACCAUCAUUUCUAGGUAAGCUUUUCUGAGAUAUCUGACUCGGCUAGCACCAUCAUUUUUUUUCUAGGGGGUUUUACUGAAAGUUUUUACACGAGUGAAUGGACCAAAAUUAUAAAGUUAUGAUAAUGUAAGUCUAGUGUUUAUUGAACAGCAAGAACUACCCAGCCAUUAUGUAUAGCUAACCACAAUUAAAAUCUAUAAAUCAAAGGAACAGCUGGUGCCAUCUGAAUCAGCAAGUACAUGGCCCAACAAAAAAUUUAAUUUUUGGCCGUCUGGUCAGAAUGACAGUCAACAAACUUGCUUCACAAGCUUACAAUAGCAGGACCUCCGGUUUCAAGUUUUUAAAGUAUUUUAUACAGACCAAUACUAUUAGUACUUGUAAUUAUGGUUAAAUAAUGAAUUAAUGGCUCGUAUUAUUAAAAAAAAAUGUUUAUGUAUGUUAUAGAUCUUUUAUAGUAGAAAUUUUCGAUAUGGCUCAUUAUGCCAUAGGUAUUGCCACCAGAGAUUAGCUAACUUAUAAGAUAAUUAUUUAUGUGCUGAAAAUGAAAAUGUACAAAAAACCUUUUCAUAUAUUUGGAUCAAUAAUUUUUUUUUUAAAAUAAAAUAAUCAUAUCUUAUCUUAAAUGUGUCAUUCUGUUGUUUUGAACAUUUGAUGAUCUACAAAAACACAUAAAAAGAUUCUACUGGAGCUGCCUAUGCUAAAUACUUAGAUUUUUUCCGUAAUAUGUAAACAAACCUAUAUCAAAUGCCUAUAACUAUUACAAAACACAGCAGUAGAAUAAAUAUACAGAAGCAAUAAUGCGGUUAAACAAAAUAUUAAUAAUUUUUUUUGCCCCCCCCCCCCCCCCCCCUUGCAGUUUCAUUGGUGAUAUCUUAGUUGUGAAAACAGUUAUGGAUGUAAAUAAAGGGGAGGAAAUUUAUAACUGCUAUGGUGAGUUGUCUAACUUAAUUAUUUACUUAUUUAUGGGGAUCUGAGAAAGAGACGUUUUGCAGGCGAAGAAGACUGAAAUAUAGUUCAGCUUUUAUAUAUAAGAGAAGUUACUACAAAAAUUAAAAUGAAUUACACCCCGGAAAUUGCUGAACGUGACAAGUGUUCUACUCCCACCUAAUGUGAUUUCUUGGGAUUACUUUCUUUUAAUGUGAAACAAGAAACUGAUCAACGUAAAAAAAUUGUGCAGGUCCUCAUCAUUGUCGUAUGAGAAGAGAAGAAAGACAGGAAAUCUUGAGAUCUCAGUAUCACUUUGACUGUUGCUGCCCUCCAUGUUGUGAUGGGGAUGUUUCAAACGAGAGAUUUGGGGUGAGCUCAUUAACCAUAAUAUAUAAGUCAGAAACACUUGAAAUGCUUAUAAAGUCAUACAUGACCUGAAUUUGCAGCAGCUUUAAACCUGCUCUGGCCUUGUCGCUGGUAGCCUUAUUCCUCACCAUUCCCUCAAAAAAAAAAAAGCUCCAUUCUUGUGUAAAUCACUGUUUGGUGUUAGUUAACUAUCAACUUCAUUUCUCAAAAUCACCAGUUUGGUAACACAAAGGGCUCUUUCAUUAAUUAAACAAUAAAAUGGACUGAGUUUGUUAAAAAAAAAGAAAUUAUACUUUAUUAUAACUGGAGGAGAUGAGUCUAAGCACUCUGCAGGCAAGUCAAACAUUGACUAAUGACAACUUCACUAUGAACCCGACAUAAUCAUUAGAGAUGUAAAGAAUCAACCAUUAAACUUGUUGCAUUUUUAUCUUUAGGCAAUUCAGUUGUCUUUAUUAAUACAAUGAUCCUCCACUCUAUAAGUUAUAUUUCAUCUUUCAGGCUUUAAAAUGUACCUAUUGUGCUGGUAUUUUGACUGAAAAAAACUGCAAAGUUUGUGGUCAGUCGAUAGACGAGCAAACCCUGACCGCUCUCAGGGGACUUGUUGGUCAAACAGGAAAAUUGUUCGCUAGAGGCAUUCAGCUAAUGACAUCACAAGAAUGGGAAGGUAACUCUGGCUUGAAAUGUUACAGUAAUAAAAACUGAUUAAGGGAAUUUUUUUGUACAAUACCACUUGUCACAGAUGUUAAUAGUACAAUGUUAGGACCAUCGUAUGAUGUUUAAACUACAAGCCCUUGUUUCCUUAUUACGUGGCCGUACCAUUGUAGUUUGCGUUUUUUCACAGUCACCAGUAGGUCAUCGUACUCCCCAUUGCCUGACAAACCCUUUCUUUCACUGUAUCAUUGGAGAUAUGGUCCCUAUAGCAGAUGCCAAAAAUACUUCUGAAGCAUCUCAUCUCCAUCUCAUUGUAGUGGUGUGUUAAUUGUUAAUAUACAAAUCUUUACAUGAUUUUAAUAAUUUGUACUCUUUCAUUUGAAACAUAAUUUUAAAAAAAAUUUUAAUGACAAAAACUGCACGGAAAAUAUUCAUUAUUAGUAUUAGUAUUAUUAGUAGUAUGCUACUAAUCUAGCAGCAGCAAAAAAAAAAAAAAACAUUCAUCUCGGAUCUCAAGUGUCAUCUGUCAAACUGUAAAUAAUUGAAAUAUUGAAUAAAUACAUUUUUAAAUUCAAACUUAUGAUUUUUUUUACCAUGAUUUCUUUGACGUUUGUCAGGGGCAAUAACUGUUUUUAAAGAAUGUCAAAAACAGCGGAAAGAGUUUCUCUACAAGGACCACCGAGACCUGGCCAUAGUGGAUGAUGCGUUAGCCAGGUGCUUUGCAAGCAUCGGUAUGUUGUUAUGUCUUCUUUGAUGGUGACGGUUGUCUCUUGUAUUUUUUCGUAAUUGAAAAAAUUUUUUUUUAAUUAAACAGAGUAAACACUUGACAUUUUCGACACUGGCACUUUUAGACAGGGAGGGAGGGAGGUUAAGUCAAUGUAUUGCUGUAAUUUUAGGACUUGUAUGACCUCUUACUAUUACCCUUUAAAGUACCCAAUCGCUAAUACAGUGCAACGCUUGGUAAUUGAUUUGAUUUAUCGUACUGGAAUUCAUUAACCAUCUCCUUUGAGCAAUUAACUCAGAAAUACUAAUACUAUAGGACGCAGUUGAAUUUCUUCAUUUCAUCAAAGCUUGCUUUUUCCUAAUAUAAGCUUUUUAUAAAGCUAGGAAUGAAAUGAAAAUGCAUGCGUUUUAAAGUUCAUGCAAAACUAAAAAUUAACAUAUAAUAAUUAAGAAUUCAUGAUCCCAUUUGUUUGAAUACCCUAGAAUAUAAUUUGAUAAAUCAGUGAAAAAUCACAUUAUUUGUAUCUUUAAGGGGACUACAGCACCUCAGCCGACCACCUCUUUUCCAGCAUCAAGUUUGCUGAGCAAAUGUACGGUGACAAGAGUGUGGAGUACUCCCAUGAACUGCAGAAACUGGCUGAAGUUUUGUUUAACGCAGAACGAUUCAGAGAGUGCCUGCCCUUAGCUGAGCAAUGCCUGGGUCUGUUUACCAGCCUGUACACACCCGAACAUGAGGCGGUGAAACAGAUCACGGAAGUCAGAGAUGCUGCACAGUUUGCAUUAGCUCCAAUGAUGCAAUCAAAUGCACAAAAGUGAUGCGGUUUUAUUUUGUGUGUGUGUGUGUGAGUGUGAUAUUUUGGAGGUUCUCAACACAACCUCUGACAUUGCCUUUCAUUAUGUUAAUCGAGUUUAAUGAGUUCUCAAGGAUCUAUUUACCCAGUAUUUUAAAUUAGUUUUGAUUGAUGUAAAAAAUAUCAAUGAUUUUCAACUUGUUAAAAAAUAUUUUGUUCUAAUGAUAAAUGCUUCAACAGUUAAUAAACAGUUUGCAAAGAAGCAACCAAAA